UAAUCUAAUUUUCAAUUUUGUCAUCAUAAAUUAUUGGCGGUAGAAACAAAACAAAACAAAAAAAAAAUGAUCCAGAAUGAAUUAGCCGAUACAUGGGUGGAGACAAAAACCGAAAAUGGUAAAUGUUAUUAUUAUAAUGCUAAAACAAGAGAAACAACGUGGACAAAACCAGAGAAUGGUACAAUACUUACACAAGAACAACUUUUACAAAAUGUAUUGGCAAGUUCAACACAACAACAAUUGAAUCAAAAUGAUAAAGAUAAACAAACCACUACUAAACCAAUGGUACCGAAUCCAUUAAUGCCACCGAUUGGUAUUACACCCGGAUUGAUGGCAACGAAUCGAUUUCCACCACCAUUUGCUAUACCUCCUAUUCAUCCAGCUGGUUUUCCAUUUGGUGCCCACCCAUUAACGAAUCCAUGGAUAAAUCAAUCACUACUUGCAACUACUACAGGUGUCGAUCCAUUAAAACAACAGCUCGUACUCAAGAUUGACACAGAAUUGCGUUUACAGGCAGCCGAAUGGAUUGAAUAUAAAACUCCUGACGGUAGAGUUUACUAUUAUAAUACUAAAUCACAAAAAUCUGUAUGGGAAAAACCAGAAAUUCUGACUAAAUUUGAUGAGGCAUUGGAGGAAGUGAAAAAGAAUGAAGCGUCCAAACAAAAUGAUAAUAAGUCUGAGGUAAGAACUACAACAACAAAAACAGAAAAUAGCGGCGAUACAAACAUCACCAAUCAACAACAACCACAACCGAAAAAGGAAGAAGUCAAGGAUAAAUCAAAACCCAUUUCAAGUACGCCGAUUGCGGGCACUCCAUGGUGUGUGGUAUGGACGGGAGAUAAUCGAGUUUUCUUCUAUAAUCCUAGCUCUAAAACAUCAUUAUGGGAUUGUCCACCCGAACUGAAAAAUCGACCAGAAGUUGCCGAAUUGACCAAGAGUCCGCCGAAGGAAAAGGAUAAAGAAUCAUCUCAAUCAUCCCAAAAUACUGGUAACAAACGAUCUCUUGAUGAACAGCAAAAUGGUCAUCAUCCUCAACAGCAGCAACAACAACAACAACAAGAAGAAGUCAAUAAAAAAUCCAAAUUGGAAAAAUCGGAUAAACAACCAGACAAUGGUAAAGAGAAGAAAGAUGGUGAUAAUAAUAAAAACGAGGUUGAAUCAUUGGCGGAAAAACAACGUGAAACCUUACCAAUAACUGAACGGAUCGAAAUGUUUAAAGCAAUGUUAUUGGAAAAAGAGGUUUCGGCAUUUUCAACAUGGGAAAAAGAACUGCAUAAAAUUGUCUUCGAUCAACGGUAUUUAUUGCUUACUUCAAAAGAGAGAAAACAAGUUUUUGAACAAUUUAUUAAAGAGCGUGCCGAAGAAGAACGAAAAGAAAAACGUCAGCGACAAAAAUUAUAUCGAGAACAAUAUCGACAACUAUUGGAACAGGCAAAUCUUUCAACAAGAACUACUUAUUUGGAAUUUUCACAUAAAUAUGGCAAAGAUAGUCGAUUUAAAAAUAUUGAAAAAUCACGCGAUCGAGAAUCAUUGUUUAGUGAAUUUUUGGUUGACUUGAAACGUAAAGAACGUGCUGAAAAGGAAAAACAACGUGAAAAGACAAAGGCAAAUUUUCUUGAAUUACUUAAAGAACAACAAAACCAUCAUAUCAAUGGAACGACUACAUGGUCAGAAGUGAAGGAAAAAAUUCGUAAUGAUUCAAGAUAUAAAGCAGUAGAAAGUAGUUCAAUGAAGGAGAUUAUAUUCAAAGAAUUUGUCUCACGAUUGGACAAGAAUAUAACAAAUGUUGAUGAAGAAAUCAGUGAAAGUUUAAAGGAAAAAGAAAAACAGGAAAGAAUCGAGGCGAGUCUACGUGAACGAGAAAAAGAGGUACAUAGAGAAUUGGCGGCACAUUUUCGUGAACGUGAUAAAGAACGUGAAAAUCAUUUACAUCAGGAAAAUGUUGAAAGUUUCAAUGCACUACUUAUUGAUCUCAUACGAAGUCCAAGUGUUAAUUGGCGUGAAGCGAAAAGGAUAUUGAAAAAAGAUCAUCGAUGGGAAUUGGUCGAAAUGCUUUCUCGUGAUGAAAUGGAACAAUUAUUCGAAAAACAUGUUGCCAAUUUAAUCAAGAAAAAACGUGAAAAAUUCCAUACAAUGUUGGACGAAUUGAAAGAUAUAAAUCUAUCGACAACAUGGAAAGAGGUUCGUCGUUUGAUUAAAGAUGAUUCAAGAUAUCUAAAAUUUUCGACAAGUGACCGAAAAUGUGAACGUGAAUAUCAUGAAUAUGUAAAAGAACGAUUAUCAACAGCAAAAAAUAAUUUCAAACAAUUAUUACAAGAAACAAAAUUAUUAACAUAUAAAACAAAACAAUUGAUUGAAGAAUCUGAACAACAUUUACAAGAUAUUAUUAACGUUUUACAAAAUGAUAAACGAUAUUUAAUACUAGAUGAUUUUGCUGAUGAUCGUCGACAAAUAUUGAUCAAUUAUAUAAGCGAGCUUCAUCAUCAGGGACCACCGAAACCGAUUACGGCAAUGGAUCCACCAACAACAAGAAGAAAAUGAACGAUGAUGUUUGAAUGAUUCUUCAUAUAUUGGCUCGCAUGAUAAUAAUAAUAAUAAUUUGUAAUAUAUAUUAUCAAUUAUCAAUAUUAACUAAUCAUAAUAACUCAAUAAUUUUUCUCUUUUUUUUACAUUUGAAUAUCAAUGACGACUGAUUAGGUGUGAUUUUCAAAACACUUUGAUAACUCAAUUUUGCAGUACAACAUAAAAAAAAUUAAUAAAUCGAUUGCAAAAAUA